ACACUUUCUCCCAUUACAGCUGAAUCUCUGGAAUUCGUCAAUUUCAUUCCACCUUUUGCUACUGCCAGAGGCAGGGAAAUACUCAAAGGUGUCAAUUAUGCAUCUGGCGGUGCAGGAAUUCGCAACGAAACUGGACAAACCCAGGGUGAUCGGAUAAGCAUGGAUAGGCAGUUGAAAAAUCACCAGAUUACGGUGUCGAAGAUCAAGUUGGGAAAUCAUAACAAAUCAACUGCAGAGUACCUAAGCAAGUGCAUAUAUGUUGUUGCAAUUGGUAGCAAUGACUAUCUUAAUAACUACUUCUUGCCGCAGUACUACCCAACUAGCACCAUUUACACCCCACAGCAAUACGCUGUCGUUCUCAAUGACCAAUUAUCUCAGCAAUUAACGAGUUUGUACAAGUAUGGGGCAAGGAAAUUUGCCAUCUUCGGGCUGGCUGCGAUUGGUAGUAUUCCAAUCAUACGGAGCUCAUGUGGAAGUGGAACAAAUGGCUCUGCCUGCGUCGACAACAUCAACAAUGCCGUUGAACUUUUCAAUGUUGGGCUUAAAUCACACGUGGCUGCUCUCAAUCGCAAUUUGACCCGUGCUUCUUUUAUCUUCAUAAACUCUACUGGAAUCGGGUCCACCAGUCCGCUUCUAGCUUCCUUGGUUUCCAAUGUUUCCUGCUGUGAAGCGUCGAGCACUACUGGGCUGUGCGUGCCCUUGGGAAGUACAUGCAGUAACCGGAGCCAAUAUGCAUUUUUUGAUUCAAUCCACCCCACUCAAAUUGUUGCUUCGGUGUACGCGGGAAGAGCAUACAAAGCUGAGUCUCCAACUGAUGCUUAUCCAUUUGAUAUCAGCCACCUCGCACAACACUGA